AUGACUGCUGCCCGGCGCGUAGCCAAACUCGUGCAGUUUUCGGGCUCUUAUCUCAGCACGUCAUGGACCAGAAAGUUUAUACUUGGCUCCCUGCUGCAGCGCUAUGAUCCCCAACUGGUGGAUGGUGGUGCGGCGGUUUCGUCAUCCUCCGCACAAAAACCCCGUGAGAGCGUGGCGUUGGACAGAGAGCUGCUUCGCCUGCAGCGCAUGCUCGGCGAGGUGUGGUCGCUGCCGGUGCGACCGCUCGACGCCGUGAGUGAGAGGCGCAUUCUUCGCCUCCUCGCGCGGUAUGCAGCGGGGGAAGGUGUCCUCUCAACAGAGGCGUUAGACGAGCUGAACGGCGUGCUCUCCUGCAUUCGCGGCGUCCCACAGCGGGUGGAAUCGCCGCGUGAAAUGGAGCAGCUCCUGCAGGCGCUGCGUUACGUGGAGCCUGGUGAUAAUCUGAGGCGUGUCUCGUUUGCUGGUGAGCUGCAUUACCCACCCAGUGCCUUGUCCUACAUGCACGCCCAUCUAACGGAGGAGAUCCAGCNGGAUGGCGGUGACCCAUUCGACUGCAUACGCGAGCAGAUGGAUGGCCCGGCGUACGCCAUUGACUCGGCCACCACAUCGGAGGUGGAUGACGCGAUUGGUGUGCACACCGAUCCAUCAACAGGUGAGGAAUACUUUGUCGUGUACGUGUCGGAUGCCACGGUGUAUUGCCCAUUCGACAGUCCGCUCGAGCAGGUCACGGCGCGGCUGCUCACCACGACAACUUACCUUCCAGAGGGCGUCUUCUUCAUGCUUCCGAAGCCGAUCGUGGAGGCGGCAACGUUGCGCGAAGACCGGCCGUGCCGCACGUUCAACAUCCGCUUCCAGAUCGAUGAGACGACAGGAGAGCUUCGGAACUACAGUGUGGGAGUUGGCUGGCUGCGGCAACUGCGUCGCAUCACGUACGACGAGGUUCAGGCUUUGUACGACGGCGCAGAAAGUACGGACGCAGCAGCGGCAGCGGCAGCGGCAGCGUGGAUGACGCCAGCGGACAACCGGGCAUUGCACUGCAUUCACCGCGCGGCGCGGAAGCGGCUCGAGGCGCGGCAGUCGCGCUCCCGCGAGCGCUUCAUCGAUGCGAACCUACCAGAGCCCCUCAUCAAGGUGGCGGGCACACGCGUACUGUGUGUACAGGAUCAAGUCGUCGCCACCAAGGACGCACGGCUCGCCGUUGCGGAAAUGAUGAUCGCUGCCAACGAAGUGUGUUCUCGUGUCGCGCAGGCGAACCACCUACCGAUCCCGUACCGCGGUACACGUGAGCUCUCGCUAGACCACGAGGCGGCGCGCUGCUACACCGAGCCACAGGGCGUCGCCGUAGUGGCGUCACUUGACCAGCAGUAUGUCUACUUCGCCGAAGCGAUGCAGCAGGCGAUUCGGCAACUGAGCGCCGUCACACGGGCGGUUUACUUUCACACCCCGAUUUACCAUGCGGGGCUUGACACGUACAACUACACCCACAGUACAAGUCCACUGCGACGCUACGCAGACAUGCUGGUACAUCAUCAGCUGAAGGUAUGGCUGUGGCACACAUUAAAUGGAUGUGGUGGUUCUUCUGCGGCAUAUUCCUCUUCACUCAAAACGAGGUCGAAGAUUAUGCUAGAACAACCUAUCGCAGAGCACACCAUGGCUACACUGUGUUCGAUGAUCAGCAACAAGCAGGAGCAGUCGAGUCUUUUACAGGACAGCAGCCAGCGUUACUGGUUACUACGGUACAUUGAAAAGAACCUCCUCACAAAGGAUUCUAAUUAUCGGUUCAUUUGUCUGGUUGGUGAUACACGUGGAGUGGAAAGCGCGCCAGAGUACACACGCUUUGUGGACUCACCCCGCCGCGGCUUCAGAUUCGACAGUGGUGUCGUUGAACACUGUAACGAUGUCUCCACAUCGUUUGAACAGAGUGCACAUUGGACAGUGCCUUUUGUUGGUCGCUGGCAGCAGAGGCGGCACGAGUACCGGUAUGUCUCGGACAUAUACAUUCCUGAGCUACAGUUUGCUCAUGUGGUGCUGCACAGCCUACCGGAGGUUGUAAUUGGGGCGGUGGUUGAAUGUGAGGUGGUUGCCGUGCACCCAACGCAAGGGCAGCUCGCGCUGGCGGUUGUGAAGGUGUGGGACGGCGGGGACGAGCGGCGGUUAGAGUCAGUGUGGAAGAGGGCGCUGCUUCCGUCGCUGGACUCGUGA